AUGAUUGUGCUCUCCGCGAAGGUAGAGCAGGGCCGAAUGGUGCAGCAGUUCCAACUAGUCCGCUCUCGCUCGGCGACACCAGCCCAAGCGAAACAUUACGCCGCACCAGAGUCGCGUGAGCCCGACAGGCUUGCUUUCGCUAUGGGAGAGGCACAGAGAACCACUCCUAGGGACUAUCAGCUACAGUGUCUGGGGAACUUCAUAGUGACUGAAGGCCUCACGGGCCUUACAAGAAGUGAUCGAGCAUCCGGUUCUGGGUAUAUCGUCCGAGACAGUCUGCACCACCAUUCUCAUGGCGUACUACGAGGUGAGCCCUCCGAAGCAAAUAUCCUCAACGGCAUUCUAACAUCGAUAUCUUUUCCACGACUAGAUGAUGAUGGCAGAGAAGAGUGGCUGCUUCAGCAGGAAGACUGCGUCCUGCUUCGCCAUGGCUGGCAAGAUAUCCACCUGGAGACGCGCGGGAAGUUCGGAUCCGCAAUGGUAGACCGAUUACUUGUACUGUUCGGCCGCAUACCGUCUUUGGUCAGACUGCGAAGCUGGAGGUCCUCUCCACAUCUCAUUAGCAUGGACCAGGUAACAGAAUAUACAAAGUCGCUGCAACAUGGACUUGCCUCCCUCUCCGCUGGGUCUCGGGAGCAGGAUGAUCCAAAGAACGAGUUCGCCUUCGAAUUGGUUCCGUCACAGCACAUCGACGAACCGGUAUUCCCGACGACAUUCCAAUUCCAGACCACAGAAGGUGCCGUCUUCCAUACCUGGUCCUGGACCGUGUCACUAAUAAUUGGUGUCUGCAUGACCUGUCUCCGCCACAAAGACGAUCAGCGGCAGGAACCAGACUUCUCCACCACUGAUUCUGCAACACAAAACAUUUUGCAUAUCUUACGAGUACUCAGCUACCUUGAAGCCGCUGGGAGCGCAGUUCCUUCAGUUGCCUCUUAUAUGCGCCUUCUUUGUCAGCUGUGA